UGUUUUGCCAACUGGACAAAAUCCUGUCACUUGUAAAAAUAAUGCAAUUUUCUUAUUGUUUACAUCUGUUAUUUCCAAUUAUUUCCAUUUCAGUACUUUAGUGUGAUAUGUGACGUUAACCAUACACGUUAAAAAUGUCGUGGCUAAACUUAAACCACAGUUUAAACAGUCUAAAAGGCCAGAUUACAAAUUUUGCAUCUGAAGUGUUAUCUGAGAGUCCUGCUCAGGAUGUUGCUAAUAAAAGUUUACAAGAAGACUCUUCUGCCACAGAACUAGAGGAAAAAUGUCGAAAUCAGGAGCUUGAGAUUGCAUCGUUAAAGAAGCUAGUUGAUGAACUACAAGCUUCCUUGCAGUCUGAGAAGAUCAGCAAAAAGAAUGGCGUUAAAGAAGAGGAGUCUAGUUGGUACUGGGACCCGCCGCCCCAAACGUCGAAAUUAUCCGAUGAUACUGAAGAGAAUUAUGUAUCACAAAUACGAGACCUACAAAGAGAGCUUGCCACCCUGAGAGAACGAGAGACUAUUGAUCGAGUGCUGCAUCAAGGCCCACCUGAUGAUGAACUCGUCCGAUUGAGAGAAGAAAAUAAAAACCUUACCUCCAACCUAGAAGAUUUAGACAACCAACACCAACAGGCUAUGGAAAGACUUCUAACUUUAAAAAGAGAGUUACAAAGCAAUUUUGAAGAUUUAAAACAAGAACACGAAGAUCUCAAAACUGCUAAUGAAGAGUAUAUAGCUGAAAACAAGAGGUUGCUUACGACAAUCGGUGAAAGGGAUAGGGAAUUAGAGGUAGCUAAUGCAAUCAAGGCUGAUCAUGAGACUUUAUCACAUAAAUAUCAAAAUUUAGAGAGGAUACAUGGUCUGUUGCGGGAAAACGCUGAAAAGUUUCAAGAAGAAAAUCAAGAAUUACAUGAAGAAGUAUUCAAGUUGCAAGAACAGGUGACAAAGUUGGAGCAUGACUUAGAAGUAGUACAAAAACAUGCAGAACAUUUAGAUAUGGUCCCAAGGGAUACUUACGAACAGCUUCUAAGAGAAGUGAAUGAAUUGAAAGAGAGAAGAAAUUCAAAUCAAAUUCAUUUAGAUGAAAUCAAUAUCGAUGAUAACGCUAAAGGUGUAAUCGAAACACUGAAACGUGAUAUAAGCGAGCUAAAACAUAAAUUAGCUCAGAAGGAAAUUAGUUCUUCAGAAAAUGUAGAUAAUAAAGUAAUAAAACCUGAGAAGAUUAUGCAAUUGUAUAAUAAGUAUGUUAACUUUGAACUUCCCAUUGAUUAUGUUGGUGAAAUACCUUCAGCUGGCGACAAUAUAGUUUUGUUCAAAUUAGAGAGUGUUUUCAAAACCGUUAAUUCUUUCAAAAAAGGAAUCGAUGUGUUAGACCAUCAGCUAUCAGAAAAGAAUCUAAAUACAAACCACCUGCAAACACAAAUAGAUGAUCUGACCACAGAAAAUGAUUUCUUAACAACAGACAUUCAGCAUCUUGAAAGAGAAUUGAAUGAGAUGAAGAAGAACAAUGAUUUCCUCAUAUCUGAAAUUGCUGCUUUAAAGAAUACGUCCAAGUUGCAACCGAUUAUAGAAUCACAUGAGGACAACUUGGCGAAAUUAGAAACGGAGCUAGCUGACUCCAAUAAUAUGAAUAAACUCUUUGAAUCGGAAAUCAAGAGGAUACUCAAAGAGCUGGAGGAAGUACGGGCUGAAAAAACUUCUCUUCAUGAUGCCUUACGGGACUUAAAACAGAAAUAUACAACGAUGUUGGAUGAAUUUGAAAUGCUUAAAAAUCAGACUAAAACAGUCGUGGAAUUAGAACAUAAUGCAAAUAAUCAAGAUUCUGAGAAACUUAAAAAGACAGCGGAUGAGAUAGAUGAUCUGAAGAAACGACUAGCUGCUGCCAAUUCGAAGAAUGAACAGCUGUCUAUAGAUAUACAUAUUUUGGAAAACGACAAAGUGUUAUUAACUAAAAAAGUCGAUGAUCUUAAAAAUGUACUAGAUGAGAAGUCUAAUGCACACAAGGAGUUAGAAAAUUUGAAAUCAACUUUGGAUUGUAAACUACACGACUUUGAAAAUAAGUUGGAUGAAGUCAUUAGACAUAAACAAGAAGUAGAGGUAGACAAACAAAAGCUACAAGAAAAAGUUGCUGUAUUACAGGAUCAAUUAACCACUACUGAUACUGAAAAUAACGCAAAGUUAGAAAGCAUGAUGACGGAGAAGACUUUACUGGGUGAGCAGCUGAAACACAUGUCUAAAGAAAACGAAACUCUGACGCAAUCUAUUGAAAAAUUAAGAACGGUUAUACUUGAUCUGCAACGGCAGGAACAAGAGUUAUUAGAUGAAAAUAACGAUCUUAAGAAAAACAUACAGUAUGAAAGGAAUUCAAAAGUUCUUGAAGACACUAUCGAUGAGUUAAAAUCUAAAACUGUUCAUCAAGAUAUACUUACCAAUGAAGUCGCUAGUCUAAAAGAUGAAAACAAAAAACUAAUUGAAAAGAAAAUUCAACUCGAAGCAGAAUUAGUAUCAACUGAUAGUAAAAUUGCGCAUUUAGAGGAGGAAUUUGAUAAAUUAAUUGUAGACCUCAAUGAAAAAGAUACUCUAAUUGACGGUCUUAACAGCACAAUUCACCAUAAUAAUAUUACUCUCCAGAAAUUAAAUGAAAGUGGAGCUGAAAUGGAAAAAAGUAUUUCUGUGAAGAAUGAAGAAAUACAUAAACUUCAACGUUCUGUAGAAGAGCUUACUUUAAAACUCAACGACACUGUUGGGAAAUCAGAUCGAAGUCAAGAAGAAUUGAACAGACUUCAUGGUGAAAAGGAGGAACUCAACAAGCAGGUGCUCUCAUUAAAUGACGAAAUCAAUUCUAAAAACAAUGAGAUAUCUUCAUUAACAUUGCAUCUGGAACAAACAGAAAAGUCUUCAAAUGAACUCAAAACAUUGAUAAGUAAUAAAGAAAAAGAAAUCAAAGAACUAAAUCAAUCAAUAGUAGAAUUAACUGAUAAAUUAAAAACUGCAGAGAAUGUAAUGCAUCACAAUGAUGAUUAUGCCAAACUAGAUCAAGAGAAGAAAGCAGUAGAGGCUGAGGUUGUUGCACUUAUAGAAUCAGUAGCCGCUAAAGAGAAAACUAUAGAGGACAUGAAACAAAGUCUCGCAUCGACUGAGAAGAUAUCAAAUGAAUACAAAUCAAUAAUAGAUACAGCUAUGACUGAGAAAACGGAACUGAUCAACUUAAUAAACUUAAAACAUAAUGAGAGUAUACAGUAUCAUAAUGAGAUACAAAGAUUGAACCAUGUGAUUUUGGAACAGACGAAUGAAUACAAGAAGGUGAUAGAAGAGAAAGACAAACAGCUUCUGAAUUCUUCUGACCAUUGUAAAAACUGCGAGAACUUGAUGGUUACUCUGAGAGAAAAAGACGGGAUUAUAAUGUCUUUAAGUCAGAAUGCGUCUGGUUUUGAGAAGACAAUGGCUGAUCUGGUAGCAGCCAGUGAAUCAGUGAAGGUGCUGACUGAGAAAUGUGAUAAUCUGGAGAAGCAUUUGUCAGUGCAGGUGGAGACGGUAAAGAAAUUGACGGCAGAAAAUUUACAGUUGUCGGAACUAGAACAGAACUCGGUGAAGGAGUUGGAGCGACUCAGGCGCCACCUGGUGGAGACAGAGGAGAAUUACACCCAGGAGCUGAUGUCGUCGGAGCAGAAGCUGACGGAGUGCCAGGCCAGGCUACACCAGGUCGAGGAGAGAGCCAAACAGACUAGUACUGUUUAUACUAGUAAUAGCAUCCGAGCGAACCAAGAAGUGGAGACGUAUCGCAACCAGAUCAGGUUAUUAGAGAAACAACGCGAUGAGGUACAGGCUCGACUCAGUGACGCCGAGGAUGCACGGAGCAGGAGUGAAGCAGCACUCACCAACCUACAAGUCGUGCUUGAGCAGUUCCAACUAGACAAAGAACGCGACAUACAUUCAGCAACAGAAAAAAUAAGAAACAAAAUGGAAGAACAACGACGAGAGAACCGUGGUCUUCAAAUAGAGAUAUCCAGGUUAAAUGCCAAGCUGGAAGAGGCACUGACUGGUCUCCAAGCUGCCUCCAGGCUUGGAGACCAGGUCGAGAUGAAGAGGGCUGAGAUUAACGACCUUAAGGAGCAAGUCCGCACCCUGCAGACGUCAGUAGCGGCGGCAGAGGAGCGCUACUACAACGCCAUCUCCAAUCAGCAGGACAAGGUCGACAAGAACCUUGUCAAGAACCUCGUCAUCAACUACGUCAUGACUGCUGCAGGGAAUCAGAGUAACAAAACGCAAGUCCUGAGAAUCCUAUCAACAGUCCUAGACUUCAACCAACAAGAGUGUGAGAGGCUCGGCCUCUCCCGCUCUGCGCAGGCGCCGGAUAGUUUGGCCGCAGAGUUUGUGAAGUUCUUACAGAACGAGUCCCGGCCGAGGGCGCCACUGCCCAACAUGAUGACGUUAGCACAGGGCAACACUAGUCGGAGCGCCACGCCUAGUUCCAGGAAGAAUUCUGCUAUAGGACCACCACCGAAUCUCCCGAAAACCGGUCACAGUCGCAACCCGUCGACUGGUUCUAACAACCUUCUAUUCAGUAACCUGGAUUCCAUGGAGACCGCAUCACAAUUCUCCCGGGAAUCUGACAGAGAACCUAGGUUCGUCACACAAAGCCUAGAUACAGGUGUCAACCAGACUAGAAACACUGAGGGAGCUAUUUUGAAGUCUGUGCUAAAAGAUAUGUGAUUUUAACCCUUCUUUAUAAGCCCCAUUAAUGUAUAUUAAAUGUCCAAUAUUGGAUGUACAAAAGCGCCACUCUGAUGUCCAAAAGCGCCACCCAUAGAUGAACUUAAAACUGUGGCACUUUUGCAUCUCCAAAAGAGAUAGCAAUAUCUAACAGGCUAUGUCUUAGAAAAAGAUGUGAUAAGUAUUUGUGUUGGUCAAAGAAGUGACAUUAUGGUUUUUGCAAGAGCGAGUAAGAUGUAUUAAGAGGGAGAUGAAACAUCGUUCCUAUUACUCAGGUUAGUGUUGUAGGUUGGCAACAUUUGGAGUAUUUUCUUUAUUUGCAACACUGCCUUUUAUCUGUCAAAGCGAUAUUGUCAUUUUGAACUUAAGACUUCAACUUAACUUCCAUAAUUAUUACCAAUUCAGGGGAUGCUUUUCAAAAAAUUGUUGGAUCAACGUGCAUCUAGUAGAAGGAGUCUUAUUGCCAAUGAUAUAAGUUCUAAAAUUGCUUACCUGAACGCUAGUUUGAAACGUCAUAUUUUUAACUAUAUAAUAAAUGAUAUUGAAUUCCAUACAACAUACUCAUUCGUAUAUUAUUUGUUCCGUCUAAAAAGUUAAAAGUAUAUGUUUUAUUAUUUUUAAAUCGCACGGAUUUUGCUAAAAUCGCACUUACUGCAUUUGACAUAAAGAUAAAAUUAGAUGAUCUGAAAAGUUCGUUGCCUAAAAAUGAAUUUCUUAAAUGAAUUAGCGAAAAAUUUAUAAAUAGUGAAAAGUUUUUUACGAUUUUGAUAUCUGUUAGCAAAUGUUGCAUGUACGUUUAUGGUUAUAAAUUAUGGUAGACGACAGUCAGAGUAUAGAGACUUCACUUUUAACAAUAGUGAAAUUUCCUUAAAAACCCUGUUGUUCGGCUUAAAAUACCAUCAAUCUCAUACGUUAUAUAUCACCCACAAGAUGUCCAUUGCCUCAUGGGACUCGCCCACUGACUUCCACAUAGACCAGUUGGAAGCCACCUGCAUUCAGCAGAUCGCUGCGACCAAUUAAAAAUAAUGUUUUUACCCUCCCCUUCCCCAAUCUCCCCAAUUCCUGAAUCCCCAACGAUCCUCAAACU